UUGGCCUUAAAAGGGCAACCCACCGAAUUCUGUGAGCAGUUUGUGAAGGUUUGUCAAGUCGGAGCAUUUCAUUUUAAGACAUGGAGCGCGGGUUUAAGUUUGCUUUGCUGUUCUUGGGGCUGCAUGCGUUUCUUACAGGAACCGUGGAGUCUUCCCACUUCAGGGGCGUGUCCAUUUCAUGGAGGGCGACUGAUGAUCCCAAUCAGAUUGAUAUCAACUGGUGGAUCGCGUGGCGUCGUUCGAUCUAUUCAAACGAAUGCGACGAGACGCACAUCGGUAAUGACACCCUGGUCGACAGCCGUGGCGAGGUGCUAAAAUGUGAUCAGUGCAGCAGCCGAAAUAUAGCGAACUUGGAUUACCAAUGUACGGACUACAGUGUGGCUGAAGAUUGGCAGUCUGGUGUUGGGCACACCAAUUUUACCAUCGAUCCAGGAUUGACUUCAUUCGACAUAAGUUUUGAUAAUUGUUGUUGGAUUUCAAUUGGCAAUGGAGGUCAACCAUCAUACGGUGCACAAGCUCACGUUGAUUUGUCACCUCGCGCUAAUGGCGUCAUCAACUCAUCCCCGGUCACGUCAUGGGUGCCGAUAUACCGCAUACAGCGAGGAUGCAAUGCAACUCUGAACAUUCCAGUAAGCGAUCCAGAUGGAGACGAGAUUAAAUGUCGUUGGCCAUCGAGCAGCGCUGAAAGAGGAGGCACGACUCAAAUCCAAAAUGCUGUACUUAAUCCAAGCACGUGUGUUGUGACCAUUGACGCAGCGUCACUAUCAUCAGGAUGGUACGCGAUUGCCUUGAUGGUCGAAGACUUCGCGACGCCAUCCUCCGUCACCGCAAUGAGCAAGGUCCCGCUGCAGUUUCUGGUCAACGUGUACAUGAGCAAUAUCAACAGUGCUUGCGAUGACAGGCCGGUGCUGAUAGCUCCUUCGCCGGCUCAGGGGAGCUGUUACGGGCUUGCGCCGGGGGAGACGUUCAGCGCACAGAUCCGCGCAAGGGCUUCUCAUGCACAGAUAAUCGAGAUGGAAACAACCUCACCCGUCGGCAUGACAACAACAGCUGUUUCACUGGUGCCCGGUAAGACCGACGAGUACUACAUCAUGGCCACGUGGACACCAACCGACAGCCAAAUGGGAACUCACAUCUUUUGUUUCAAUGCGUUGGACUCGGAUGGGUUUACAAGUGAAGUACGUUGUGUGUAUCUUACAGUCAAAGCCCCUCUCUCUGUGAUCCAGAGUUGGCCAUCUGAGGGUUCUCUAGCUCCUACAAAUUUGGGAGUGUGGACGUUUAAGUUUAACCAGAGCGUUACCAUAGAGACGGCUUCCACAAGCAUGAUCUUUAGAAAUCAGUACAAUAAUAUGUGGAUGUUCAGCGGCAGAGUCACACAAGUUUCGCCUGACACUAUACAAGUUCGUCCUCAAGGAACGCUUAGUACCAACAGUGGGUAUUCCGUAUCACUGAGUGAAGGCGUCGUUAAGUCUACCGAUUCGUGCCCUGUGUUAUCUGAGGGAUAUGAUGUGAACGUGUACACAACAUGGUGGACCGGAUCGACUACACCUGGACCGAUUUGGACCGAUGCCUCAACUGCCAACUACCCACAUUCAUCCGCACCUAAAGAUUGGACCACACCAGCGGUCUUUUGGGAAACUACCACGUCAAAGGUGCAUAAAGUGACCACUAACCAACUGACCCCACCCCAUCAUGGGAACACCCAACCACCCCCCUCGCCCACAAUGGACUGCUCCGACUCUGGAAUGACGGUCUUCAUUCCGCGCUCUGUUAUUGGUGACGCCUUGGCAUCUCAUUUGCAUUUCUUGGACCCAGCGUGCGUCGGAAGUCACCACAACGCCAGCCAUGUCAAAAUCGCGACGACCUACAACCGAUGUGGCACUUUCAUGGAGGUUCGUGGAGAGAAUGUGAUCUUCUUCAACGUUAUCCAUGACGAGGCUGUUCCAGUUACCCCAGGCGGUGUUAUAACCCGAGACCGAGAUAUUGAGAUUCCCGUCCAGUGCAUCAUGGACUUGGAAGGGGUCGCCGAAAUAAAUUUCCGUCCUGACACCUCUAAGAUCACGUUCCGCGAGGACGGUUUUGGCUCCUUCAACUUCUCUCUGCGCAUGUACCGCGGCAACGAUUACGCCACACCCUACCAGCCGGCCGACUAUCCCGUUGACGUCACAAUGGGUGACAAGAUGUACUUCGAGGCUCGUACGUGGAGCGAGCCUGGUCUGGAGUUGUUUGUGCAGACGUGUCGCGCCACGCCAACCUCCAACCCAGACGACUUCCACCGUUACACUUUCAUCCAAGAUGGUUGCAUUGAAGAUAACACAAUGGUGUUCCGUCCUUCCUACGACCCAGAUGUGGAGCGUUUUGAGAUCGAAGUCUUCUCAUUCGUAGAUACCCUGCCCCAGCCACUGGUGUAUGUUCAUUGCGACAUGAUACUGUGCAACUCCAGUGAUGCGUCUUCGCGGUGCGCCCUCGGCUGUCCGACCGGUAACAUCAACUCGCUGCUUAGCAUGCGCAGACGCCAUGCCAGAUCCGCGUCUGGUUCCCGCGCUUAUGCCAUCACCCAAGGACCGAUAUCAGUGUUGAAGCAGGAAGAAGAGAAAGAAGCCAAAUCGAAGAUGUCAUCUGUUCAGCUGCCAGUGCUUCUGACUACUGUCUGCCUAUUGGUUGGCUGUGUGCUGGUACUCGGCGCACUCGUUGCUGCAAUGCGUAAACGCAAUCCACGCCCUUACGCGUACCAACCACUGUUAGUGAACGAAGAGGACUAGCUUGAAAACAGGACUUUCAAAGGUUGCCUUAAAAGCGAGAUAACUUGACCAACUUGAGACAAGACAAAGUUUAUUUGGUUUGAACACGAUUUCGAAAUAUUAAAUGAUUAGACUAUAUAAUUUUUAUCAGCCAGGUUUCGAAAAUCAUAUACAAGGAGCUAUAGCCACAAUUAGGAUUGUGUUUAUUAAUAAAAAAAAAUCACGCUUUGCUGCACACUAUGAAUUUAAAACGUAAUUUAUAAUAUCAGAAGAAAACGUCGUAAUUGAAUAAUGUCAGUGAUAGGCCUACAAUUAGAAUAUAUUUAAACUAGAGAACAAGUGAAUGUUAUGCAACGUCACGGGGCUGUUUCGCGAACGUUAUUAUGCAACGUAUUUUUAGCAUUUAGAAUUGGGUAUUUUGUCAUGUGUGAAAUUCGACCAAAUCGGCCCUGUAGUUAAAUAGAUAAUAGUUCUUCAUACAAUGCACUGUUAAUGUGGUGUAACGUGAAACCCAAAUGACGUCAUCAUAUCGACGUCAUGUCAGUUGUCAUCAUCUAUAUUCAUCCCUGUCUAUGUUCACAGAAAGUUAAAUAACUAUAUGGAUUAACAUAAUGCACCUUUUAUGUGACUUGGCAUAACACCUGAUGACUCAAUGAUGACGUCAUGUAAAUUUCUAUCUAUAACACGUCGCUAUCUUUAACAAUUUUCAACCCAGUGGUAUUGUAAUGGAAGACUUUUGAGACGUUUAUAGCAGCAAACAUACCAGUCUUUUUUCAAUUGUUUUCGUCAUGAUUGAGCCGAAGCGCGCAUGCUCAUAAUGGAAAAAUGACCGGUAUGUAUGCUGCCACCAACGUCUCAAGGUCUCCCAUUAGAUAAAUAUAGGGUUUCAUAUUGUGCACAUUUAAUGCAAUGUAAUUUCACACCCCAUGACGUCACUAUCGUCAUUUUAGUGCUCAUUUUAGUGAUUCAGAAAACAUCAUUAAUGUUCUAUAUCGGAACCGAUGUCUCUACCUAUGCACAUACACAUUUUCAAUCCAAUCGGCCUUGUUGUUGAAUAGAUAUAGGCUUAAUUUUAUGCACCGUUAGGCCUAAUAUGAUGAAAUGUGAUUUCCGUUUAUGUAAUCAUGCCAAUGACGUCAUUUCAGUUUUCAUCUGUGACACAUCCCUAUCUACAUCCCUAUGUACAUGCCAUAUAUCAGCCCAAUCGCACCUGUAGUUCUGUAGAUAGGGUUUCAAAACUGCACAUUUAAUGUACUGUAAUUUUGCACCAGAUUACGUCAUGAUGACGUCAAUGUUCUGCACAUAUCUGCGGGUGAUGGUCUAUCUGCGUGCCAAGGAUGAAGAAUUAAUCGAAUUCAAAAAAAUGCCACAGUGCCAUUGUAGAAGAAAAAUGUUUACAAAACAUACGGGGAUGAGUCUGAAUAUGAAAAGGCAACUCACGUGCAAAACAGCUGUUUCUGCUGGGUGAAAAUGCUUCUUGUCUCGUUUGUCUUUGUGUUAAGUUUCAGGUUGAUCUGAAAAGAGCAAAUGUAUAUUUUUUUCAAUAAAAGAAAAUGUGGCAUCUUUCAAAGUUCCAGGAAAAAGUUGUUGACGCCAUCGUGACGUAAUACUGUAUAGGCUAUUGAUUUAACUUCCCAAAAUUUCAAUUUUUAUGCGUAUGUCUAUUUCCUAUCCAGCUUAACAAUUAUGGAUUUGAUGUGGUCUAUUUUGGUUUGCAAGAUAUCAAGUUAAUUGGUCAAAGUUUUAAAAUGUCAUAAAAUAUGCUCAAACAUUUUGUAGUUUACAUGUA